CAUAUCUUUAUAUCCGAAUCCGUAUGAGUCCAACCUUUUCAUGGGAAUGAGAAGAGUUAAAAUCCGUCUCCGACUUCUCUCAUUGUGAUUCCUAUUUGGAUCCUUUAUACUUUUGGGAGAAUUGGACAUCUCCAUCGGCCUUACACUUCAUCCGCAUCUCCCUUCACCUAUCCCCAACCUCUUACUCCUUCAAUCCUUCAAUUCGACCCUCUCACCAACACCAACUGCAACAUCUCCAAUCCUACGACGAUGGCGCCGAAAUCAUCUUCCACUCGAUGAUUACGGGAGGGCAGUCGGUGGUGGUGAUGCUGCUCCUCCCCUGCGACGACGGCGACGAGCAAGGUUGUGAAAGCGGAGUGCAGAAGUUUCGGGUGAAGAUGUUGGCGGAAAGUGGUGGUCAGAGCACUGUGGAUGUUCUCUGUCAGAUUGGUUUGGAUGGAAUUCGUAUGUUGGAUCCAAAUACUAGUCGAACAUUGAGAAUAUAUCCAAUUGAGAACAUAACAAGAUGUGAUAAAUUCGAUUCAUCUACCUUUGCAUUUUGGUCUAAGAGCUCGGUGGAUGUUGUUGAGCCAAGACGAAUAAGACUGCAAUCCAAUAGUUAUACUACCAACACACUUUUGGAUACAGUAACUGCCCACCAUACAGCUUUCAGCCACUUUGGUCCAUGAAGACACUGCAAAGAGUGGAUAGAAUAGUAGCCUGGCUGAACUGUUAUAAACUGUUAUUAGUAAAAUAGGAUACCAAUCCCUUAGAAGCUUGGAUUCAAGAUCUUCAGCAAUAAAUCCUGGGAAAAUAGACAGAGACACUAUGUAGAUUAUGAAAAUUCCAAAUGCUGCCCCCUUAAAUUUUCCUGCCACUGCCCAAAAUUUUGUCCCUGUGCAUAAGGUGCUCUCCUGAGUCCUGAUGAAGCCUCUGAUGAUACUGCUGCAUCACUGGUAACUUGUGCUGCAAGUUGCUAAAGAUAAUACAACAUAGGAGGAAAAUGGUGGCAACCAUGAAGUACAAGUGAGUACUUAUUUUGAGGCCCUUAGGGGCUUGUAGGAGUGAUGCCUUGGUUAUUAUCCUCAAGAUUGAAAUUAUAAUACCUGUCUCCCAGAAAAAAAGAUUAUAAUUAUUUGUAUAAGAACGAAUUUUAACAGCACCUGGAUGUCAAAGUUACAAUUUUA